UUUAGCAAUUUUCAUCACCCAGUAGCCUGUGGGAGUGUGUCUCGGUCCAGCGGAGAGACAUCAAUCUCUCAAGGGCCAAAUGUGCUAUGUGAUAACGGUUGGGCGAGGUGGUAGAGAGAUCACAGCACGCGUCUAGAAGCGCGUUUGAGGAACAAAGUAUUCGAACGGUGUUAUAGCACGACUAAAGAUACAGGCGUCCACUGCUACGACGCUUGUAGGUAGCGGGCUAGUCUCACAUCUAAGCACUGUCUUAACGGUUCUUGGCAUUUGCUGCAUGCCACAGGAAAAACGAGGAGGACGUGCUUAAAGAGAAUGUAGCAAGGAAGAACGAAAUAUAGGGGAUGAUUAGCUUUUCGAAAUUGUGAUUUGCGACAAACCUUUUGCUAGUGGCAGUCAUCGUCGUCGUCGUCGCCGCCGCCGCCGCCGCUGUUGUGGCAGUCGAUGUAGCGCUCUUAUGUUUUGCGCGGGCUCUUAUCUCUGCUAGGCGAAAGUAUGACAUAGAGAUUAUAGAACAGAAAAAAGAUCGACCGCCAAAAAAAUCCCCCUUAUAAUGACGCAGUUGUUACUGAUGACGGUGCUCCAGCUUAAACUCCAGCAGUAGUUCAAAAAUGUGCGGCUGUUGAAAAUAGUGGAUACGACACGGGUCACACAAUGCGCAGUGCGAAUCAACCUGAGGAUGGGAGAAGUUCGUUGAGAAAGCAACGUCACGGUGCCACAGCUGAACUAUCGAUGGUGUGACUGCAGGGAUACACUGUUUUGCUAUUGUAUUGGACAAACGUUUAAAAAAUACGCCGAGAAAUUACUGCCGGAAAACUGUUGGGCAACUACGUAGAUACGAAAAUCAUCGUAUGGACAUAUUAAUGGAUGGACUCCCAUCGCUGUACAACUCAUGAUAACAACUGGCUGUAACUUUGUGCUGUUUCAAUAUGUAGCUAUCGGCUGCCUAUCGCUUUGACAUUAUUACUAUAACAGGAAAGUAGCGGCUAAACGGGAAGUACUACCCUGCUCGUUAGGACUCUUAUUGCUGAAGAGAGAUAAACUACCGUUGAGCUUCUGUAUUUCUUUUCAACGCAGGCGCAGACACCUCUUCCAUUACACGCCUAGAAUGGCUGUUACGUUCUAAGAGCUAAAAUCAGCGGUUUCGCUGCUAUGAUACCGACGAUACCUUUCAUCUUUCAGUAUAAUAGCUUGUGUUAAACCAGGACAAAGCGGCAUCAUGAGCCUUAUUCCCUUUUCGCUAGUGAGAAGCCAAAUAGGCGGCCACACGGGGCAAUGAUCGUUAACGGCGUGCAGCAGCUGCCAUGAAGUGACACCCGCAACAGCUGUUGACUUCGAGGUUGUUGACGUUCCCAGUUCGGUUGCCGAACGAAAAGGCCACUGUCGCAAAGCUAAACGCGGGAAACUAGAGAAAGCUGGACUGACUGUAAAACGCGAAGAUUUUGUUAGCUCGUAACAGGGGGCCUCUGCAGCGCUGUCCACAGAGACGGCGGCUAUCGUUAAGCGGCCGAUGAAGGCCUUUUAACUAAGCAACGUAAGCAAAGUACACUUUUCGGCUGAUUCACUGCCGGAGAUUUAAAAAUUAUUGAUACGACACCGCUGAGGGUACAAAACGACAGCACACAUCUAUCGACAACAACUUGAAUAGAUAUGAGUAGUAAUAACGUCGAGCAAAAACAAAUUAGGAAAGGAAAUAUAGAAGUGAACGACAGCGCAACGUGGAACAAUUUCUGUAGUAAAAGAAAAACUUAGAAUAAACCAUUUGUUUAUGAAACUACCAAUUAUAUGAAUAUAUAACAAGUCGAACAUUUCUGUAUCAAUAUCCUGAAAAAUGCUGAAUGUUCAACGUAUAAUGAGUUAUAAAAAAAAUCAACUUUCACUCAAAGGCUUUCUAAUUAAAAUUAAACAACAAUUCACGCUUUCAAAGAAAACAAGUGAGCUAAAAAGCAGGUAAAUUUUUGGCGCCCAGUUUUGCCGCUAAUGCCAAGUGGUGAUUUUUUCGAACGCGCAAAGCGCACGGCCGGCGUCAGCAACAGCAAGCGCUACCAUCUACUGAGCGAUCAAGUCGAGUACCGAAUGUUCUCUGGGUAGAGGACACCUGAGCAUAACUGCAGCGACAACAGACCCAGAGGUCCUCCUUUACUGCGGUAGCCGUUGAUAUUUUGCUAGUCACUGCCGCAACUGCUUACGGAGGUUAGUUUUAACCUCGUUGCUGACAGGACUCCCCGUGUAGUUCAUGCUAGGACUGCUAACGCCACAGUCCGUGACCCGUGAGUAGGCCCUUUCGCUCCAUUUCACCCCACUCGCCACACACGGCCAAUCCUCAAUAUAGUCACCCUCGCCAACGCCAACUUCCCCCGGCUGCACCAACAUGAAUCAUCCCUUGGAACAACUGCACUGCUCCCCUGUCCCUACCACUGCUGAUGCCGCUCUAAGUCCGGCGCAACUCACCGCCGCCACCCCCAAGUGAGUCUGGCCCACUCUAGCAGGAAGGUACGUGUGACUCAAUACAACAGAUUCAAUUGUGCUUAAUACUACCGCUGAGGAGUAACUGCGGCUUCGAAUGACUCUUCGUUAAAAACAGACUCCGCUGUGCUCUGCUGCUGCACAAGUUCUGUCUGUGCAGAAUCAAAAAUACGACGAACGUUGUCUUAAACUUGUGCGAGUACAUACUGCCCAGACCCUGCACCUUUAGACGAACCAAGUGGUACCAAUAGUCGAAAUUUCGAAGCACCUAGAUUCACUAGAAGUUCUCCAUCUAUCGAGCAUUUUAUUUUUAGAAGAUUUCAUUCAUUGGUUAUUUGCAAUGCUGGGGUGCUCAACGAACGAGCUGCUAAAUAAACAGUGGCUAUAUCCAGCCGGGUAUUCUUCUUAGAGAUUCUACAAGCAAACUAGUUUCUAACGCGUCCAACAAAGCCUGUUUCGUCGCAAGCGGCAUGGCGAUGAGUAACACAUAAAAGACGAAACAAAGAAGGGUAAAAAUGAUGGUUGUGAAGUCAGAAGCGAACCACGGAGAGCGCUGAGUAUGAUGACCGGCUGCGGUGAUAAACUUGUACGAUAUCUUUAAGAUCGAAGACGAGGGAGAAGCCGAGAACCAAAGAGGAUAAUACUACUGUGAACAGAAUUGAACACUCGCUCAUAUUCAUUGCACACAUGGUCAUCUUUGUAGAAAUGCACUGGCUAGAGAGAAGGAUAGCCAGAAACCAGGAGCCAAUGAAGAAUUUUCGUCGCACAAAUGAAAAAACAUCUCCGUUUUAGACUCGAGAUCAUGCCACCGAAGCAUUAUACCGGUAACCGCUAAAAGGUCAUCUAUCUGACCCCACAACCAAAAGUAGACAGACAAGCAGGCCGACAGGCCAUAUUAGUUCCGUUUUUUGUCUCCUAGGACAGCUCAUUAUUAUGGUGCGCCUCAGGGCGUGAAUAUUGCUCCUGUUCACGUCCGUACUUCGUCGACGGAUUAGCGAAGUGUGAAGUCAUCAACUAAGGUUGUUGCUAUACACACACUUUAGCAUCAUCAACGACAACAACAAACGAUCUCUGUCAAAGAAUAAAAGAAGGCGCUGAAAACGUUAGAACCAGUUUGUUUCCGUGAGCCAGUGGUUCAAUCUAAGUUUCAUUCGAACAGUUAUUACCAUCAGCAGCGUUGUCUCGUGGAUUUCCACAAACGGAUAUAGUGUGUAUGUAUUGCAGAUGAAGAAGACCGCCUGAUCUGUUAUUUGUUAUUAUUUUGCGUCUCGAAGCCGACGAGCAUUGCCGUUCGUGGCUGUCAAUCGCUAUACGCUGGCAACUAGACCACGCUGUGCUUAGCAUCAGCAUGGUAGUGCCAAGCUCGUGCCGCCCGGUCUGCAGUCGCGAUUUGAUUGCUGGUAGUAUCUUUAGAGGUAGCCGCAACUGCUACUGCCUGUGCUUUAGUAGACAGCAGCUGUCAUUGUUGAGGCUAAUAGGCGGCGUGGCCCUUAUCCUUUUAGUUGACGGGGCAUGGAGUGCUAGAGAUGGCAGCUAUCAACGAGACUUUCGGCCCAGCACCUUGGUGUCUAUACUCCCACCACCGCGGGACGUGUUUGUUGAUUCCGUAGAAGAGUCAUCAUUCCUUCUCCGCUGGAAACCGCCAUAUGCACCGAAACAAACAAACGCUAAACUUAUGGGCUACAUGCUUUCGUGGUCGCCGGUUACAUCUAGACAUCGCGUUCAUGAUGAACGUACAGUUAUGCUUCCGGCUGUGGUCACUUCGAAGUUGGUGUCUAACCUCAGCGAGGCUACCGAAUACGCUGUAGUACUUUCUGCUGUGUACCCCAACAUCCAGACCUCGCCGGCUCCAAAACUGAUUAUCCGGACGGACUACGCUGUCAACGAGCUGCCCAUAGCCGAUGACACCUUUGUAGACCACAAAAUUGAGUGCAACUGCUCGGAGCCGGGUAUGUUGGCCUGCACCCGGACAUCGUUAGAUUCCGUCGAGUGCGCCUGCUACGAAGGAUACCAGGGACGUUGGUGCGAGCGCUGUUCCCCAGGAUUCGUGAAGGAUGUAAAAGAGUGUGUCAAGUGUCCUUGCUCUAACAUUACGUCAACCGGCGUCUGCGACGUCGAUCCCAGAACGGGCAUACCACGUUGCGAAUGCCUACCAGGGCAUCGGGGUGCAGAAUGCAAUCAAUGCAUGCCGGGUUACCACCGGCGUAGUGAGUCGACAGGCUGUCGACCAAUCAACUGUCUGAGCUAUUCACUCUGCCAGGAGGAGCCUGAUAGGCCGGGCUGUCAGGACUGUGACUUCAGCGUGCAGUUACACGAGUCGUUCUCGCCGGUCGCUCAGAAAAGCAACGCCGAUCCGUUCGCCCAAGGAACUCUGACGGUGAUCGCCAUCUUGUCUGGAUUCUGUUUUCUUCUGUUCGCAGCCACGCUGGCCACAUGCUAUCAUCAUCGGAGAAGGGCGGGUCUUGUUGCUCUUAGUAACUCGCCAACGUACUGGAACGCGAUGCCGCCGGACGCUCAACAGACGUUCGACUGCAACGAGUAUAUCCAGAUGGGUCCGGCCAACGGCACACUUCAUCGAAGGGAAAAUGAAGGCUAUGGUGGCUAUCAGGCAACAACUAAAUUAGCAAUGCAGCUCGUAAAUCAGCAGGGUGACCGGCCUUCCGACUACUCAACGCGUGCGCGGCACGGUUCUUUGCACCGUGGGGCGUCUGCAGUUUCACACGCUGCCCAUGACCACAUCGAUACAAUGGUUUCAUUGGAUAAUAAUGACACGACGCCCAAGGUCGCACGAGCCAGCAGCGAAGACUUUUGCUUAUAGAUUGCUUAUAUAGUGCAGCAAUCCUUCAUCAUAGGGUGUGACGGACACGCCUGGCAGGUGACUGAGAUGCCGGCACAUUCUGCAUGCAUCCUGCUCUCUCAUAUGCGCCGCUAUGCGCUUACGUUAGUUCUCUCGACUGUAGCAUGCAUUGUGCAACUCGGCAAGCAGCCUGCACGGAGAAUCUAAAGCGCCGUCAAGGCAGAAAUCGCAAAUUGCUGUGGGAAGCUUCUCUUCUGCCUCGUCCUCACAAAGCGAACGUACGAGUGCAACUUCCUUUGAUUAGUCACGGGGCGCCCUGACUGCUUAUCCAGCUAGUCAGUCAAUUCGUGUAAUUCAAGUAUACAUACGUAUAACGUUAUGAUGCGUGAACAACGGGGCAAUGCUUGUCUGCUGUCUUGUCUGUCUUUGUAUCGUAAGUGCGUUAGAUCCCGCGUCUUAUAUAUGACGAUGGUGAGCCACGAUUCUGGGCAGCUCGCUUUGCCAAUGGGAAGGGCGUGGGACGUGGGACCAGAGCUCAGGCCAGGCCGUUUCUUUGUUGCAAGCGACAGGAGGUCUGCUGCGAGGACACAACGCGACGUCCAUUACAAGCGUCCUUCUGCCGACGGCGGUCUGUGAGGUCUGAAAGGUACACGUACAGUACGCCCAUUGGAGAAUACGGCUAUGAAAGCAAGCUGCCGCCAAGUCACAACAGCGUAAUUACUAUUUAUUGCGCCUUUGGGAUUCAAAGCUUAUGGGACGGAGGUAAAAAGGGGUCUGCGGGAUAUAAAGGGAAAGCAGAUAGCAGUGGACCAUCGGUUCAUUGCCGCUGCAUAUCCGAGAGACACUCCCGUUUGUAGCUUGCUUCGCGAGUUUCGCGGCGAAGACAGAUUAGCGUUUAGCUACUCUUGAACCCCAAGUCUGAGUGGAUCGUUCUUGAAGGCAAGUAUAGAACGAGGCCAAAUUUGGCCCUCCGAAUACGUAUUCCCUUCGACGAGGACUAACGUCACGCAUACUUACAUUGUUUGCUACCCUCACACCUGUAAAACGGGGACGCUGAGUACUCCAGGUGAAGUAACUCAGGUGUUCAGAAGCGACUCAGUCAAAAUAGACCAGAUAAGAAACCGGAACUAAAAAACAACAGUUACCUCUUUCACAUCUUAUAUAACAGCGGACUCAACAAUGGAAAUAAAGAAGAAACGAAACCAAAUACCCCUCAGUCGGUACAUGCUUACAUAUAUGUGGGCGGUAACACAAAAAAGGAUGCAAGCGGCAGUACGGACACAUAUAGAUAACGACAGAAAGUAAAAGGGGGGCCGAAUAAGCAAUGACAAGUGUUCUAUUGAAACUUAUCGAAGUCAAAAAUGAUAUAUACGAGGCAGGGAGACAAAGAAAGAGAUAGGGAUAUAUGCACUGCACUUGAGCAAAUACUAUUAUAGUACGAGUUAAUAAAUGACCGUUGAGGUUAAGUAUGCAUGAAAGUAUUAUUACUACUCAAAUGAUACCCAUAAAUAGAUAUAUGCAUGAUACAUUAUAUAUAUAGCAAGUACACAGAGUAUACAUCCUAUCGCUGCGAAUACACAUGUACAUACAUACAGAUAAAUCUUCAUAGGGUAAUUACUGCCUCCUGUCGAUGUUGGAAUUGCGUCGAAUUUUUCAUGCGUUAAACGACAGCAACAACGGCAACGGGAAAUCAUUGAACGGACGUAAUAACGAGUCGCUGAAAAACUAUAUCUUACUAUAGAAACGUGUAUGGAAGAUUGCUGCAUGGUCACGAGAUACGCUAAGGGAUUCAUUUAGUUAGCUUGUUUGCAUAUACAAUAUGCAUCGGUUUUUGAUUGUAUAGGUUGGGUCGACUUUUAUAAUGUGAUUUUGUUAUUCAAACGACUCCACCUUAAUGUUUCUAUAGGCAUCUUUCCUUACUACUCACCUGCUACCUACCCGUAAGCUAGCCAUUCAAAAACGUAAGGCACAGAAGUAUGAUUGCAUCAGUAAACUAUCUGUUGAUCUUCAUUACCUAUGUUGUGCAUGUGGUCCAGCGUAGGACGCACGACAGGGACUGACGAUGCUAGAGCCAGCGGUUUAUUUCAGUUCCCUCUGGCAGAACAUCACAAGCGCUAUCGUGUGGGAACCUUUACACUGCUUAGGGAAAUAUUAGUGGUGAUGAGAGCAUCGGGGUGGCGUAAGCAAAGGCGACGAAGCCGCCGGUAGAGGCGUUUGUUGUCGUUGCCGUGGCAGCUGGUUCUUCGCUUGGCGGGAUGACGUUUCCACCUUUGUUGAGCUGCUAAAUCCGCCUAUCGUCUUUUCGCCAGUUCUUCUCCGUCAGCGAUCGUUGUUUCGGUUCGUUGUCGUUUGCCCCUGUUCCCGUGUAUCUCUCAACAUUACCCACUUCCGGAUCCCUUGCCUAGUUCCUUUUCCAGCAUUCUAUCCCAUACGUCCGAGCACUGUCGUAGUCACCACACCGCCUCUUUCUACUCUAAGGGCAAGAGGAGUUUCGUCAGUUCUUCUCACUUGUGUAUCGUUUCGAAAAAUAUGACCCUUGUUCUUUUUUCGGUCCCUGUGUUUGCAGUGACGGCAAAGGCUCCCUUAACCCCACCUUACCCUUCUGCUUGCUCUCCUGCUUUGUCGUCGCCGUUCCUUUCCUAUUUCUCUUACUCGCUCGCUCGCUCGUUUUGCGUUUUUCGUCUGUCAAAGGCAACCGUUACCGAUGAUACUUCGCCUGCCUUCAUAACAUAGUACUUUUGCCGGAGUUACCCCGCACUCUCUGAACUUUCAUGCAAUGGGGCCUGAAUUCCACCACUUUCCUUGUGCCGCUUACUCGCUUGUUCAGUUUUCUGGCCCAUCGUUCAAGCCUUUGGCCUGACCCAGGCCAUUUGCUCCUUCCUUCGUUUAGUUCCCGGAUCGGUUUGCCCCUGGGGCACAUCCUGCCAUCCAUGCCCUUGAAUCCCGUCAUUCACCGUCAUCCUCUUCAGUAAGACAGUGGCGCUGGCGGCGACAAACGAAACCGCCGCGGUAUUGGCUGUGCCGUUAGGCCCAGUUUUCAACCCCCCAGCGUCAAGAGACUCGAUUAGGACCUUGAAACUACAUAGACGUCCUAGCCAUUCCACAACCAGCUCCACUAAACUUGAGCUGGCUAAUAAGUCCAGAACUUUCAAACGACCUGAGGAGCACUCAUUCAGACACAUAGACAGGCACAUGUCACACGACGACAGCUACUUAGAAAGGCUGGGCAGUAUCGUGGUUAGUUUGUGGCCGUCUUACCUAUAAUCGUCGAUCCUCAAUUAAUAAAGACUCCCUCUUCCUAGAAGCAGAAUUGAUAGCCAAAUUCUUCGAUUCGGAUGACGUCUACAUACGCGCAGGGAACGUCCCCAUCUUUUCGUGUCCUCUAAAGUACAUGACAUAACAGACCCAGCCAAGCCUGUAUCAACAGGUAGUUUUGCCUGCCUAGUGUCUCAAUGGUAGCAGUGCAGCAAUAAAAGUGGAAGAUUUCCUGUAAAUAAAAGUGCAGCAAUCAAAUAAGGCACAAACUUUUCCUGUGAAAAAUUCGCUGACCUAACCCCUUAGCUAUGUCACGCAAAAAGGUGAUCACGGCUUUUGGAGAACGAAACAUUUGAUUCAGUAAAAAAUAGCCGCUUGUCGAUACUACUUGCGUAAGUGGCUGAUACUGUGAAAGGAUCGAGUUGAACCAGGAAGAAGAGCAUCACGGGUUAAAUAGACGAGCCGGAUUCUGGAUUAAUCAGUAGUUCAAUUCAAUAGGGUAGCAGCCAUACGUACAUUGCAAAUGUCUACCGUGUAACGCUGAUGUUACGGAGAUAAAUUACUAACGAUACGUAGCACAUCCCUGUACAGUUGCAAGCCUUGUUUAUACCUUUUUACGUAAAGCUGGUGCUCAGUAUACCAGGAUGAGUAUCAGAGAGACUGAACCUGUUGAUUAUUGUAGUUGAUUGAGUAAGUGUCAAGAAAAGGACGCUUUAUCACAGCCAUUAGGACAGCAGAAAUCUGAACGAAUAUACAUAAGUGAAUAAAGCCAAUGUCAAUGUAUAGAACGAUAUUAUGUACCAUAUUGUAGUAGAAAUUACAGUAUCACUAAAAAAAAAAAAUAUGUAAUGUUUAACCCUAUUCAUUAAAAAUGGCCAGCUAAAUCUGUGAUCACCAGAUAAAAAUAGCUGAAUGUCUGUUUCACAGCGUAAGCUUGUCGUCAAUAGGACAAGAUGACCUUAUACAUACAUAAAUAUCAAGCAUUAAUAACAACAACAACAUACAAUGGAAAUGGCAAUACUACACAGAUGCUACGGAGAUUAUGAGAACGACACAAACAGCUAACAUAUCUCUUCUCGCCAUCAGCCACACCAUUCCUGAAUGGUGAUUGAUUCUGACUACACAGUCAUGCUACUGUUACUAUGAUUGAAUGAUGAAAUGGCAUCAAAGAUCGUCAUCAAAUAUGGAGUUUAUACAUAUACGAUUCGGAAUAUUGAAAAUGGAUAAAAAAAAGAAAAAAAAAAAUAGAGUGACUGUGGAGCCUAAAUUCAAAGUAAUUCACAAUACUAAAAUUGUAUCAAAAAUAAUUCAACAUUAAAUUGUACUUAUGGCCAGGUAACUAACUAUCAAACACGAAGGACAGAAAAACAGUCGAGAGUUACACAGCAAGAAAAAAUGUAGCCGUUUUUCCACAGAGUGAAAAAUGGAAAAAAGAUAACCAAUUGUGUGAUGGGGUGUGUUAUUUUUGUGACAUAUAGGCAAUGAGGAAAAAUAUUAUAUAAACGGCAAUUAGCACGACGACGAUGAUAAUGAGGAAGGUAAAGCUGAAGGAUAAACCCAAAAAUA